AUGCCCCGAUUAGGCAAGUGGUCGGUCAACGGUAAUAAGUUAGUCGGAAUCUAUUUCACACCCUUCUCGUCUCUCGUUCAGCCCGCAUUCUGGCACGCGCUCACAGACUCUGACGACUCUGUGACAAUUCAUGGCUCCUAUGCUACCGGGCGAUCCGUGAAGGAUCGCGAGUCUGGCGCCGAGAUAGCGCUCGGAUGUAACCUGUCUGGCACCUGCGCAUUCGGCACAGGUUACCGAGUAUUCAAGAAUUACAACACCAUCGAGGAAUUCAAGGCAGCAGACAAGACCGCGCUCUUCGCCCAGGUCACCGACGAGAUAUGGAAGAGUAUCACCGUCGACCAUUCGACGGCACAGCUCAACCGCUUCUUGCUUAUCACGUUCGCGGAUCUCAAGAAAUAUAAGUACUACUACUGGUUCGCCUUCCCUGCUUUCGUGGCCAAGCCUGCAUGGGAGAUCCAAGGAGACUGGAGGGCCGCCUCAGACGAGUUCAACGAUUCCUUCCUCUCCGCAAUCGAGGCAACGCAACUAGCAUCUCCCCGCGCCUUCUUCCUCGUCCGACCAAAGAUUGGCAGUGACGAGCCCGAGAUCGCACCCGUCGAAGAAUACACACAAUUCUUCGCCAACGUCGCUCCCGAGCAGCGCACCAUUGCCUUCCUCGACCCCUCCGCGACGCCUUCCAACCCCGGCUGGCCCCUCCGCAACCUCCUGACCUACCUCCAUACCUUGCACCCCGCGCCAUCGUACCGUAUUCUAUGCUGGCGCGACUCUGAGCGCCCGAAUGGCGCGCCGUUCAAGAGCCGCUUUGGCGUUGUGUCCCAGGGUGCGGGCGAAGUCGCGGUGCAGACGGAGAAGCCGACCGCGGUGGGUUGGGAGAAGAACGUGCAGGGCAAGCUGGGCCCGCGCGUGGCGGACUUGGCGCCCGAUCCGACGAGGUUGGCGGACCAGGCUGUGGAUCUCAACCUGAAGCUGAUGCGAUGGCGCAUCCUGCCUGCGCUCGACCUUGAGAAGGUUGCGAACACGCGGUGUCUCCUCCUGGGAGCGGGCACGCUCGGGUGCUAUGUGGCGCGCACGCUGAUGGGAUGGGGCGUUCGCAAGAUCACCUUUGUUGACUCUGCCCGCGUGUCGUUCUCGAACCCUGUCCGCCAACCGCUGUUUGAGUUCGACGACUGCCUGAACGGCGGGAAGCCUAAGGCGGCAUGCGCUGCUGAGCGGCUGAAGAAGAUUUUCCCUGGCGUUAACUCUUCCGGUCAUAUCCUGAGCAUCCCCAUGCCGGGCCACCCCAUCCCGCCCGCGUCGGUUGAGCAGGCGAAGAAGGACGUGGCGACGCUCGAGAAGCUCAUGGACGAGCACGACGUUGUAUUCCUCCUUAUGGACUCGCGCGAGAGCCGGUGGCUCCCAACCGUGAUGGGCGCAGCCAAGGGCAAGGUCGUCAUGAACGCCGCGCUCGGGUUCGACACGUUCCUCGUCAUGCGCCACGGCGUGCGCCCGUCGCUCGCGAAGGGUGAUCGACUUGUCUGCUACUAUUGCAACGACAUCGUUGCGCCUGCGGAUUCCUUGACGGAUCGGACCCUCGACCAGAUGUGCGCCGUCACUCGACCGGGCCUCGCUUCGAUCGCCGCAUCCACCGCCGUCGAGCUGCUCGUCUCCCUCCUGCAGCACCCCGACGGCAUCAACGCGCCCGCCCCGCCGCCGCAGACUCAAGGGAGCGAGCCUCCGCAGGGCUCCGAAGGCGUGCUGGGCAUCGUCCCGCACCAGCUGCGCGGCUUCCUCGCGCAGUUCCGGAACAUGCCCAUCACCGGCGCUGCCUACGACAGGUGCACCGGGUGCAGCGAGACGGUCAUCAAGGCAUACGAGACGCAGGGCUUCGAGAUGCUCCUCAAGGCAUUCAACGAGCAGAAAUUCCUCGAGGAGUUGACUGGCCUCGACAAGUUGUACGACGAAGGAGAGGCGGCGCUGGAGGCCGUCGGGUGGAACGAUGACGAGGGCGAAGACGACUUCUGACGGAUCCAAUGACGUGAUCAGAAGAGAUGAAUGAAGGAAUGUAUUGUUGUACUCAUACCCGUCGCAGUGUAACGUUGGCCUACAUGUAUGCUUGCUAUACCCUGUAUCGAUUGCUCAUACACGAGUGGUCGGUACGUCCCGGCUACUCUUCUCUAUUACCCGCCCGCUCACAUUCUACUACAGUACGAACGUCUCCUGCUCCUCGCUGACACCUGAUCCGGCUCAGAAUCGUCCAAAAGCUCCACGAAGUCCUUACCCCCAGAGGAGUCCGCCACGCUCGAGGAUGAGUCCGCUCACACAAGUCCGACUUCGCGCACGAUAAGCGGGAGGUGUGGCAAACCCUAAGCGACCGUGGUACUUGCGGA